AUGGGUUACAAUAACAAAACAGUAGUCAACACAAUACUAUUGGUCUGCUUGACAUUGGCCUCGGUGGCUACUGCAACUGAACAGGAAGGAGAGGCAGCGUUGAUUAUCAAUCUACAGGAUAAUCCAUUCCAAUGUAUAUUCAAUGGUACCAAUGGCAAGAGGUUCGACUUGGGUACUCUGAGUGCCACCCUCAGUCUGCAGACUAGCAACGCAACCUACUACAUAAUGCCAUGUGGUACAUUCUCAGACAAACAGCCCUGUGGAGCACUCACUAUCGACUCGUCCGUCUGUGAGGUUACCACCAAGAACCAGGUACAAAAGAGACUGGGCUCCAUCGAAACCGCCACCGAACCACCCAAGAACCAGUCCGGUGUGAUGACCGUGCUCUACUCCAAUGGUGCUUCCUGUCCAUCUGGCGCCACCUCACAGACCUACGUUACAUUCGUUUGCCAAAAGAAUACCAAUGGUGAGCUCAGAUCUGUAUCAACUACCGAUAAUUGCAACUAUAAGUUCGAAGUUGGUGCAUCCAUAUUCUGUAACAAGGGUGGACUUACUGGAGGUGAUAUAUUCCUGAUAGUGUUCUUCUCUGUGCUUGGAGGAUACUUCUUGCUUGGUGUCUCUGUCCAGCUCUAUCGUGGACAUAGAGGUGUGGAAAUGAUUCCAAACAGAGAGGGAUGGGGCAACUUCUUCUCUUUGAUCAGAGAUGGUGGUGUAUUCAUCAAGAACAAGAUCACUGGAGGUCAGAGCGGUGCCUACAGCAGUCUGGGAUAA